AUGAAGACUUCAAGCACAGCCAUCACCUUCCUUGCUAUCGCUGGUACCGCUAUUGCUGCUCCAGCCAAUGUCGAGCGCGACCUGAAGCCCUUCCAGCUCACUGAACUGAAUGCGGGCCUUUACGACCAAGCACUACCGGCAUAUCGCAUCGUCAAUUUCAAGUUGAAUGACCCGAAUAACAACAUCGACACGUCUUGCUCUUCUGCCUGGUCUGGCGGCAUGUCUGGUGCUUACAAAUUCAACUGCUCCAACACCGACUACCAAGUCAACUUCCCGUCUCUUACGGACAUUGAAGACAUCAAGUUGAACGUUUCAAUUGUCAAUUCCAAAGCCUUCGCUCUUGGCGAGAUCAACGGUGACAAGUGGAAGUGCCACAACACCGGGGCUGAGUAUCCUUCGAAGCUUUGCAAGUAUGACGGAACCUAUGAACUUCCUAUCGUUCUUGCUUAA